AUGUGGCUUAAAAAUAUCUACUCGAAAUCGGAAGGAGGGGAGAAGAACAUGGGCGGACAGGAAGACGCGAUCGACUAUGAUGAAGAGGAGCAACACAGGAGAGGCGGCGCUGCUGCUGACGCUGCGGAGGAUUAUGCGGGCGCCGCAGCGAACGGUAGAGACGCCAAUGGCGAGGAGAGCGCGCACAAAAGGGAGGACGCCUCGGAUGAAGGAGAGUGCCCCAUGGACGAUGCACAAAUUAACGAACAAAUUGAAAAUAUCAUAAAAAAUAUGUCGUCUGAUGAAGAAGAAGAAGGAGAAGUAGUGGAGGACGAAAUCCCAUACGAUCGAAUAGAAGCAAGUAAUGAGUUAAACAAAGAAGUAAUUCUUCUCAACUUUUACUCGGACAUGUCAAAUCAAAGAUUAACAUCCCUGAUGAGUGUCUUCGGUAAAGUGAGAAACUCCUUCAUAGAUGACAACGAAGGGGUUCAUGUAAUCUUCAACUCUGUUAAGAGUUCCAAAAGGGCAAAGGAAUUUCUUGACAAUUUGAAAAUUAAAAAUAGGAGAAUACAGGUUAUUUAUGGGACAUAUCAGGAGAGGAGAAACGAUCCUUGCAUGGUUGGUGCAUCUGUGCCAGGGGAGGACAUCACUGAUGGUGUAGUUGGGGAGGGAGGCAUAGGGGAUGAUGUGCAUGGAACAGGUCAAAUGGAAGGAACUCCUAACGAUAUUUCUACCAGUUCCCAUCAUGAAAAAUUACGUACUCAUAAAAACGGAAGGACACCCGUAAAGCUAUAUAAAAAUAGGAAAUAUUACCUGAACACGGUUCCCACAAAUGCUCAGAAUAGCGUGGCUGCUAAUUUUACAUACAACAGUCAUGCCAAAGGUAUGGUGCCACAUGUGAAGACUAACGCAUACUUUGUCGCCCCGUCGUCCAGUUCUUACAGGUUGAAUGGAUUCGUUUCUGCAUCCGAAAUGUCGUUCAGUCAACAGGAGAAGGCGCCCACAGAUAAUCACUUGCACAGCAGCACGAGGGGCGGCAAUCCGAACAAGCACCACCACAUGCCUCCCUAUAACAACACCUUCUAUAGACCCCAUGCGAGUAAUAACCAGCACCAUGGUGGGAAGACGUCCUACGGGAACCUUGCCAGCAGUGAGGAUUACCCCACGCCCCAUGCGCUGUAUAGCAACUACGAGGAGUACACUCCGCACGGAGCGCACGGAGCGCACGCAGGGCAUGCAGGGCACGUCUCCCACUCAGCACACACAGUGAAGCCACCAAAGCUAGCAAAGUACAGCAAAACAGUUAAGCAUAGUAGAAACCAGAACCCAUUGCUCGCAUCCGAAAGGGAAGCGAACCAGAUCGACGAGUCAGUAGAAUACAUCCCAUUUAAUGAGGAUAACCCCUUUGGAAUUAGUGAAGAAAAUAAAAUGCUGGACAAUCCAACAUGGAAUGACAGAAAGAUAAAACAGGUUCUACAAUGGGAUCAAGGUGCAUCUAUCGAAAAGAAUCACCUCGAUUUUGUAGAUUCCUUCGGUUCAACCAAAAUUUUUAAUCGAUAUUUGCUCGUAACGGACUUUCCAGAUCACCUCGAUGAUGAAAACAAAGUGAAAGAAUACAUGAAUGAAUUAUUUUCGAGUGAGAAAUUGCAUCGCAUCUGUGUGGAGGUCUCCCUCUUUGUCCCCAUUGAAGUGGACGAGGAGAGGUUCUUCAAGAACGCCACCAAGGCGGAGGAGGAGGAGGGAGCGGUCAAUCAGGGGGAGGAUGAUACAGUUAAUCAGGGGGAGGAGGGAGCAGUCAAUCAGGGGGAGGAGGGAGUAGUCAAUCAGGGGGAGGAGGGAGUAGUCAAUCAGGGGGAGGAGGGAGCAGUUAAUCAAGGUGAGCAAGAUGCACCCAUCCAGGGGGAGGAGGCCAAGCCUGAGGAUGCACCCAAGGGGGCCAAGCGCAGGGGCGCGAAGAAGGCGGCCGCGCCCAAGCAGAGGAAGAAGCGCGGGAAGGCCAAGGAGGAGGAGGAGGAGCAGCAGCAGCAGCAAGCGGCGCAGGUGGGUGAAGCGCAUGAAGCGGGUGCGGCGGAUCAAGCGGAUCAAACGGAGCAGGCAGAUCAAGCGGGGCAGGCGGGUGCGGCGGAGCAGGGGAACAACCCCCCCGCGGACGCAGCGCGCGGGAAGCGGUAUGCGCACCUGACCUUCCGAACCAUCAAAAAUUGCGUGCAGGCGAAGAAGGCACUGGAAAAAAACCAAAUUAAAGUCACCUUCUCUGUCCCCAACAAAGCCAACGUCUGUCUCUGGAUAGGAAAUGUUUUAAAAAAUUUUUUUAUCAACACAGCAAAUAUACUUAAAAGCAUGUUUAUGCAUUUUGGUGGUUUGAAAAAUAUCAAGUAUGUCCAGGAUAAAAACUGCAUCUUCCUCCAAUACUUUACUGUGACUGAUGCUAUCAAAGCGAGGAACCACAUGUAUGGACUACAGGUGUCCAAUAAUACAAUGCUGAACAUAGACUACUCUACUCUUGGAGAGUGGGAAGGGAAACAACAUAAGGUAAGUGUUACUCGGAAAAGGUUACUAGAUGCACUAGCCUACGACAAUGGGAAAAUGAAAGAGAAAUUAGAAUCCACACUUAGGAUGAGGAACCCAGGAUUUAUCGACCCGAAGGUGAUGCUUCUCUUGAAGAAUGGAGACAGUCAUGGUAGCAACACAGCAGGGGGAGGAGCAGCAGGAGGAGCAGCAGGAGGGGGGGUGCGCAUCAAGAGGCAUGCCACGGACAAGAGUGACGAGCAUAAUUUAAAGAGAAGACCCACGUGGGAUGAAAAUUAUUUACCUAGUACUUCCAUGCAUAGGAGGAAACACAGAUCUUCUGUCAUUGACUCGUAUCCAACUAGUAACUCUGCUAAUGAUAGAACACGUGAGAGAGGUGGACAUUCACGACAUGACAAAAGGGAGUCAAAACGGUCUUCCAAAAGGAAGGGAGCGACCACGUCAGAUUACUCGCCCCACCACCAUCACAGUAACCACAAUAAUAGCCACAGUAACCACAAUAAUAGCCACAGUAACCACAAUAAUAGCCACAGUAACCACAAUAAUAACCACAAUAACCACCAUAACCACCGCCACCACGACCACCAUCAUAGAAGGCACAAGAAAAGAAGAAGCGGAAAUAGUGGAAGUGGGGACGGUGGUGAUGCCGCUGGGUAUAUCUCUCGAGGGGAAGAAGGAGACUCAACAAGCGAGAUCACUAAGAGUGCCACCAACCGAGACCACGCGGAGGAGGAAAUAGACAGCGACUUUAACAGCUUGGACGGCGUCGAGCUGAACGACUACAAUGAGAUUCAAAAAACGGUCUCCUUUUAUGUUAACCAGAAGUAUAAGUGUGACUUCAUCUCCAAUUUCUACGACGGGAACCCCGAGCUGAAGAUGUGA